GGAAUAUUUCACGUGUAUCUUUUCUUACUACAUAAACAAUGUAACUUUGCAUAAACUGUGUUAAAAAAAUUAAAAUAUUUAUCUUAAAAAUACACGCUACAAAUAAAUAAAAAUGUCGAGGAUUAUUGUUAAACAGUUGCCGAAAAAUAUUACGGAGGAUAAACUGCGAAAUCUUUUUGGUGCUAAAGGCAACAUCACCGAUAUGCAGUUAAAAUAUACUCCAGAUGGUAAAUUUCGACAGUUUUGCUUUAUUGGCUAUCAAACCGAAGAUGAAGCCCAACAGGCUAUUCAAUUUUUCAACAACACCUGCAUACAAACCAAUCGUAUACGCGUUGAAAUGUGUGCCAACUUAGGAAGUGAGGAUAAACCGCAAUCAUGGAGUAAAUAUGCUAAAGACAAUAAAAAGGAAAUGGAUUUGGUGAAAAAAGUCAAGGGAACAUCGUUGGAAGAUAAACACAAGGAAAAGACACAAUCCAAACUGGAUGAAAUUAUUGGAAAACACAAAGAUGAUCCCGAAUUUCAGGAGUUUAUGAAGGCUCACGAGACCAAACGUUCAUUAUGGGCCAACGAUGCGGCUGAGGCUGUACCAAGUGAAAUCAACGAGCAGGAAAUGGACUCUGACAAAAAAUUCAAUAUUAAGGAUGAUGUCACAUCAGCGAGGGGAGAUAGUGGUGAUGAAAAUAGUGAACCGGAAGAAGAGGAAACAAAAAUAGCAGAAAAACCUAUAAGUGAUUUAGAAUAUAUGAAAUCCUUGAUGGUUUCUUCAGAUUCAGCAAAAGCUAAAAAAGCCAACGUUGAUUUAUUUACUAUCAAAAUACAUAAUGUCCCCUAUAAAGCCAAACGUCAGGAUAUUAUCAAGUUUUUCAAACCUUUGAAGCCAUACUCUGUGCGUCUACCUCAAAAUGUGCAUGGAUUUUGUUAUGUGGGUUUUAAGACUGAAAAAGACAUGAUCAAGGGCAUGUUGAAGGAUAAGAGUUUCAUUAAAGGUAAGCAGGUGUUUUUCUCCGACUUUACGGAGAAAAAUAAAAUUACCAAAGCCAAACAGGCGGGAAAAGGAGAUGAUGGAACCAAUGCCAUGCCAGACAAGAACUCGAAAUGGAAAACCCAAGAAUCAAGCUUAAGUAAUGAAGAAGAUAUAUCGGAAUCUGGAAAAAUAUUCUUUCGCAAUCUGGCUUAUGCUACCACAGAGGAUGAUUUACAAAAAUUAUUUGAACAAUUUGGUCCAGUAGCAGAGAUAAACCUUCCAGUGGAUACUGUGACACGAAAAAUUAAAGGCUUUGGUACUGUAACUUUUUUGAUGCCCGAACAUGCGGUUCAGGCUUUCAAUCAGCUGGAUGGUACCACAUUUCAGGGUCGUUUGCUGCAUUUAAUUCCCGGCAAGAGUAGUAAGGAUGACGAAGAGCAAGACGAUGAAAAUGAUAGUAGCCUAACUUUUAAACAGAAAAAAGCUUUGAAAUUAAAGAAAACCGCUCAAAACUCGGUGAGUUGGAAUACCUUGUUCUUGGGCUCAAAUGCGGUUGCCGAAAUUUUAGCUAAAAAGUUUGACACUUCCAAGCAACGUAUUUUGGACACCGAUGAUGGAGGUUCAAGUGCUGCAGUACGCAUUGCUUUGGGAGAAACACAAAUUGUUGUAGAAAUGAAAAAGUUUUUGGAGGAAAAUGGUGUGCGCAUAAAUGCUUUUGACUCGCAGAACGCUAAACGUUCGAAAACAAUAAUUUUAGCAAAAAAUUUACCACCUGAUACCAGCAUUCAAGACUUAACACCCAUUUUCGGUAAAUUUGGACCAAUCGGUAGAAUUGUAUUGCCACCCAGUGGCGUUACUGCCAUUAUUGAAUAUUGUGAUUCUUCAGAAGCAAGACAAGCCUUUAAAAAGUUAGCCUACAGUAAAUUCAAAAAUGUUCCUUUGUAUUUGGAAUGGGGACCAGAAGAUACCUUUAGUACUAGCCUUUCGGGUGAACCUUUGGUAGCCAAAAUUGAAACUGAACCUACAGAAACAAAGGACACAGCAGAAAAUGACAAUGAAACUAAAUCAGACGCAAAUGCUCAAGUUAAUGAAGAAGCUAUUAAUGAUGAUAAUGAACCGGAAGAUAGUGAUGAAUUGCCUGAACCUAACACCACGCUUUUCUUGCGAAAUUUGAAUUUCAUAACGGAACAGGAAACUGUAUACAAACAUUUUAAAUCUUUGGGUACUAUACACACAGUGGAAAUUGCCAAACGCAAAGAUCCCACAAAUCCCAAAAGCUUUUCGUCUCUCGGCUAUGGUUUUAUACAAUUUAAGAAAUCUGCCACAGCGGAAUAUGCUCUAAAGAAUAUGCAAUUUACCAACAUCGAUGGCAAUCAAGUGGAACUCAAACGCAGUGAUCGUGUGCUUAAAUCAGCCAUCAACAAUCAGGGUCAACGCAAAAGGGUAGAGUUAACUAAGCAAACUGGUACAAAGAUGCUUGUGCGCAAUAUACCCUUCCAAGCCAAUGUUAAAGAAGUUCGUGAUAUUUUCAAAGCCUUUGGAGAAUUACGUUCAGUACGUUUGCCGAAAAAGAUGACACCUGGCGAAGAAUGUCAUCGUGGCUUUGGUUUUGUCGAUUUUAUAACAAAAAGUGAUGCCAAAAAGGCAUUUGAAGCCUUGAGUCAAAGUACUCAUUUAUACGGUAGACGUAUUGUACUCGAAUGGGCUUCUACGGCUGACGAAGAUGUAGAUGCAUUGCGAAAAAGAGCUGCUGAUCAAUUUAAUAAUUCAUAUCAGAGUGAUGCUUCAAAGCGUAGCAAACGAGCAAUAUUUGAUGCUGAGAGUAAUGCUAAAAGUAUAGCAAACGACGAAGGCGAAGAUUAGAAAAUAUUGUUACAUUAGAUUAGUGUAAAUUCUAUUUUUUAAAUAUUUUUUGUAUGCAUUGUUUUACUCCAUAUAUGUUAAUUACGCAAAAUAUAUGUAAAUAUAUAUACAUUUAUUUAACGAAGACGAAGAGUUAUAUAUUAAAAUAAAUACAUGUCCUUUUCUUUUACAUAUUAAUUCAAAAUCAUAUAGAAA